CAAUCCACAGUUACUAUUUCCGUAAUGAGUCGGUCGAAAAUGAUAUUGAAGCUCGUGCUCAUGUCAAAUUUCGUUCUCUUUUAAACAAGCUUUUGUGGAAACAACACCUUCUUUUUUGCGACUUACGAUUUCGUGUCAAAAACUGACUUAAAAAUGCGUUACGUAGCCGCAUAUUUACUUGCAACUUUGGGCGGAAAUGCCGAACCAUCUGCUGCUGAUAUCGAGAAAAUCUUGGGAUCUGUCGGUGUUGAAUGGGACGGUGAUCGUAUCAAGAAAGUCGUUGCUGACUUGAAGGGCAAAGAUCUCGAAGAAUUAAUCGCCCAAGGACGUGAAAAAUUGUCCUCAAUGCCCGUUGGAGGAGGCGCAGCUUCUGCUCCUGUUGCUGGAGGCGCUGCUCCUGCUUCUGCAGCUGCUGAGAAGAAAGAAGAAGCCAAGAAGGAAGAAUCUGAAGAAGAAGACGAUGACAUGGGCUUCGCUCUCUUCGAUUAAACAUCUCCUCAAAUGGUUACUUCAUCAGGCAUUUAUCAAGGAAUUUGGUACAACAAUGGAAAAUAACACACAUUUCCAGACAGCACUUUUUAUUUCUAUGAAAUAUCAAGUUGACUUAAAUAAAAGAAAAGCCUAAAGAAA